GGCCAACUUGCCGUUUCUUAGGCAUUCGGGACAUGGCCGCCUUAGCAGGGGGCAUUCCCAGGAUGGUGCGCCCCACGCCACCCCAAAACUAUCCGAGAGGGGGCUAUUCGCUUGAAGUUUCCACACCAUUAGGCCAGGGCCGAGUAAACCAGCUCGGCGGUGUGUUCAUUAACGGACGCCCGUUGCCCAACCACAUCCGCCAUAAGAUCGUAGAAAUGGCGCAUCACGGGAUCCGACCGUGCGUCAUCUCGCGCCAGCUGCGCGUCUCACACGGCUGCGUGUCUAAAAUCUUGUGCAGGUACCAAGAGACGGGAUCCAUCCGGCCUGGAGCUAUCGGAGGUAGCAAGCCGAAGCAGAACACGAGUCCCGACGUGGAUAAGAAAAUCGAAGAAUACAAGAGAGAGAACCCAGGAAUGUUCAGUUGGGAGAUACGAGACAAGCUGCUCAAAGACGGCAUCUGUGAUAGAAACAACGUGCCCUCAGUCAGCUCGAUCAGUCGCAUACUGCGCUGUAAGUUUGGCGGAAAUGGGGAGGAUGAGGAGGAUGAUGACGAAGUUGAGAAGAGGGAGCUUGAAGAAAAUGAAAGACGUGCGAAACACAGCAUCGAUGGCAUUCUGGGAGACAGAUCGAGUCAUUCAGAUGAGGGUUCAGACGUAGACUCAGAGCCAGGUCUGCCCCUGAAGAGAAAACAGCGUCGCAGUCGCACGACAUUCACUGCCGAGCAGCUUGAAGAGCUGGAAAGAGCUUUUGAGCGCACACAUUAUCCCGACAUCUACACACGCGAGGAGCUUGCCCAAAGAGCCAAACUUACUGAGGCGAGAGUACAGGUGUGGUUUAGCAACAGGCGGGCACGCUGGAGGAAGCAGGCAGGAGCCAAUCAGCUGAUGGCAUUUAAUCACCUGAUUCCAGGAGGAUUCCCGCCAUCGGCCAUGUCGAGCCUACAGCCUUACCAGCUUCCAGAAAGUCCUUACUCAGCUUCCUCCAUCCCACAAGCAAUGUCAGAACAGGCCAGCACAGUGCACAGGCCCCAGCCUCUUCCACCAACUUCAGUACACCAGAGCAGUCUGGCCACUGCUCCGGGAGGCCAGGAUGCUACUUCAGCAUACUGCCUGUCUUCAGGCCGUCACGGCUUCUCAGGCUACUCAGAUGGCUUUGUGCCUGCACCAAGCCAUUCUAACCCAGUCAACCCCGCUAUCAGUAACGGCCUCUCAACACAGGUGAUGGGACUAUUGAACCCAGGAGCUGUGCCUCACCAGCCGCAGGGAGACUUCUCUCUCUCUCCUCUCACUGGUCCUUUGGAGCCCAGUGCUGGCAUGGCUGCCAGCUGCCACUCAUCACAGAGACUGGAGUCUCUGUCCGGACUGGCCAGCAUGCCUUCUCUGCCCAGCUCACAGUCUUACUGUCCACCCAGCUACAGCUCGCCAGCCUACAGCGUUGACCACAUGGCUCCAUACCAAUACAGCCAGUAUGGGCAAAGUAAGGUGCCUUUCAUUAUCUGAAGCCAAACAUCAGCUGAGCAGGAAGAGGUGAACAGGAGAAAAGAGGAAAAGCUCCGGACACUGAGAGAAACCACCUGCUCUUUAGCUCUUCUGCUGAU